AUGCCUACCGCUCUCGUCUCGGAUGUGCUGUCGGUCGCGGGUAAAGGCGCGAUCGCUUUUGUUGGCGCGGCCAUACUCGUCGUCGCGCUCAACGUCGUCCAACAACUGGUCAGCGAGCAAACACAACCGUUCUCCAUUGCGCUGGAGCUGUCCGUGGGCACCGAUCUGACUGAACUCAACGCGCUCUGUUCCUCUGUUUUCCUUGCAGGUCUUACCGCGCGACCCGACCAAGCCGCCGGUGGUAUUCCACUUCGUGCCCGUGAUCGGAUGCGCGAUCACGUACGGCAUGGAUCCGAUUGGCUUCCUCAAUCGAUGCCGCGACCAGGUGCGUGUCGAACCGGGGCAGAUGCUCAUGCACCAGCUCUUUCUUCUCAGACAACAACUAACCAGUCGGUAACGUGCUCGAACCCUUUGUCCCUGCUUGGUCGCUCGCAGUACGGUCCCGUCUUCACGUUCCCCUUGCUAGGUCGCAAGGUCACGGCUGCUUUGGGACCGCUCGGAUCCAACUUUGUCCUGAACGGCAAACUCGCCCAUGUCAAUGCCGAACAAGCUUACACUCAUUUGACUACCCCGUGAGAAAGCGUUCUCUUGAUCGUGGCUACUCUUCUUCCCCCUUCUCUACGAUUCGAGCUCUGCACCGGUUGAAGCCCACCAGUGUCGGUAGACGCCUGGUCAUCGGUUCGAGAGGCGUCGGAUGCGAGGGUUGUCGCCGCUGGCUUACAGAAGCGAUGGCCCACAACUUUGCUUCGCCCUCGCCCAUCUCGGCCAUAGUGUGCCACUAGUUGUCGUCUGCGGCGCGUCUGCGAUUGUUGGGGCGUUCGUGCUGACAAAAAAAACCGGCUACCCCUUCUCUUUUGGUGUAUAGGGUGUUCGGCACUGAGGUUGUGUACGACGUACCCAACGCCGUACUAAUGGAACAAAAGAAAUUCGUCAAGUUUGGAUUGACGACCGAGAAUUUCCGUCAAUACGUUGGGUUGAUUCGCACCGAGGUGUUGGGCUACAUGAACAAGGAAGUUUUCAAGGCCAGCAAAGUAAGCAUGGUGCGACCGAUUGACGCGUGGAGGCGAGAAUAGUCUGACGAGUAACUAAACAGCCGCCACCUUGCACCUCUGAUCAGGGCAAAGCCUCUACCAGCGCAGAUGCUUUUACCACGUCGUCUGAAAUCACGAUCUUGACUGCGUCGGCCACGUUGCAAGGCAAAGAGGUUCGACAAAGCCUUGACAAAUCUUUUGCCCAGCUCUACCACGAUUUGGACGGCGGCUUCACCCCCUUGGUAGGCCCUUGGUGUUCUUGCUCUUGCUUUCUUUUGCUGAGCAAGCCGACCGUUGUCCACAUUCCAGAACUUUGUUUUUCCCAACUUGCCCUUGCCUUCUUAUCGUCGCCGCGACGUUGCCCAAAGGAAAAUGCGCGAGUUCUACGUUGCCAUCCUUGAAAAACGGCGCAAGUCCGCAGAAGCUGUAAGUCUCUUAUUCUUCCAAUUUCUCACCUCUCGGGCGCGAAGUCCUGACGCUGCAGUUUUUGCGGUCCCCAGCCCGACAUGGACAUGUUGACGGCGCUGCAGAACCAAGAAUACAAGUCGGGAGCACCACUCACGGACAAGCAAAUCGCUCACAUCAUGAUCGCUUUGCUGAUGGCCGGCCAGCACACCUCGGCCGCAACUGGAGCGUGGGCUAUCCUCCGCCUCGGACAGCAUCCCGGAAUACUCAAGGCUCUUUGGGACGAACAGGUCGAAAAUCACGGGGACGGGGAAGGUGGCCUCAAGCCGCUCGAAUAUGACACACUGCUGACGCCCUUGCUGAGUGCCGUCAUCAAAGAAGUCCUGCGUCUUCACCCACCGAUUCACUCGAUCAUGCGCAAGGUCAUCGCGGAUUGCCCGGUACCGUCAACGUUGGCAACGCCCGCCGGCGAACCCACGGCGUCAAGCUCGUUCAAGAAGAUUAACGAGGGACGCGAAUACGUCAUCCCGCAGGGUCACUUCGUCCUCGCAGCACCUGGGGUCAGUCAGGUUGACGAGUCAAUCUGGGGUACGGACGCGAACGAUUUCCGCCCCGCGCGAUGGCUCGAGGACGCCAAAGUGCCCGGGGAAGAGGACGAGGGCGAGGAAGAUUACGGUUUCGGCAAAAUUAGCAAAGGCGGAAAAUCUGCGUGUGAGCCAAUGCUGCGCCACUAUUUGUGAAUGGGCGAGUGCCAUACAAACACCUGGGCUGGGACUGAAGCCGCUUCUGGCGAAUUUGCGAAACAGACUUGCCUUUCGGAGCAGGCCGCCAUCGUUGCAGUGAGUCUUCGAGAUAUGAUGCCCUAGAACACCGGACAUGCUCCAUAGACUGACUUCGUAUAUGCCUGGUCUUUGGCACCAGUUGGCGAGCAAUUCGCUAAUGUACAACUUGGAACGAUUAUUGCCACGCUGGUGCGAGAAUAUUCGUGGACUCUGGAUGCCGAUUUCCCCACCAACGACUACACGGUGAGUGAAGGGAUCUCAAUUUAUUUCUCAAAGUGGAGGAAUCAACAGCACUGUGCGCAUAAACUGACCUCGGUACACUGCUCGAGCGCUGCAGACUAUGAUCGUGAUGCCGUCCAAGCCACGAAACGUCAUUUUUACGCCUCGCGCCUAA